AGUGAGAUGUUUGACCGUUGUGCUCUCCGGCAGAAGAAGAACCGCGAGGAUCUGUGAGUGAGAGUUCAAGUGAUCAAGGCGUUUGCGUAGAAGGUACUCGGACCUGUUCAAGGAACUGAUUCGCUGAUGAACUAUUGUUAUACGCGUGGACAAGAAUCUACGCAAAGUGCGUGUGUGUACAGUACAGCAGUACUCGGAGGAGACAACUCGGGUGAGGUGUUGUCGGCAUGCGUGUUUGGCGGCGAAUUGAUUGAUUAAGUGUGUUGGCGGUGUACGCUACUUCGCGCGAAACAAAACGCGCACACACAUCAGAAGGAAAAGAGUUCGGAAUUUUGUUUUUGAUCUGCGCGGCAGUUCACCUUACGGAAAAGAAGGUGAAAGAAAGUGAGGCGCGCGUACUGGGGAAGAAGAAGAAGAGGGUUGAUAAAGCAAGGAAAAAAAAGAGCGCGAAUAAAAAUAUAUGAUGAUGAAAGUACGGAAAAUGGUGUGGUAAUUGAAAAUUAACGUGACCACAACGUGACGGCUGUGCUGAUCCCGCUGGGGGUACCUUCCGAGGAAGAAAGUGUAAUGAGUGGUGUUCUGUGUUGAAGGUGCCGAGUUCAGCAGGUAGAUGCGAGCAAGCGGAGCGGAAUGUUGAUCACGGUGUACAGCAGCCCGGUCGGAAUGUGAUCGGUAUGCCGCAGCAGCAAGAAGCAGUGAAGAAUAGAUCACCGCGGGCUUCGCUGAGAAAGUGUACGGGAAAGGGCAUAACACAAACCUUAAAACAACGGCAACGACGACAGAGAGCGACAUCAAAGCAAUUGCAUGGCCAAGUACAGCAAAAGUAGCAGUCGUCGUAGCAGCAGUAGUAGCAGUCGUACCAGCGAAAGUAAAGUCGAUCGGAUCAAAGUGAAUUACGCUGGUGGUGUGUUGUGGAAAAUUAAAAGCUGUACCAGCAGCAGCAGCAGCCGUUCGCAGUAGAUCAAAGGAAAAACUCGCGUGGCCGGUGCCCGAGUUCAAACGGUUUUGUUGUUUGCGCGCGCAAAAAUAUUGUUGUUGUUGUGGUCGUGAGGGAGGUUGAGAAGCGCGAUGGGUGGAGUGACGAAGCUGGUGAAGGUGAAGCAGGGGCAGUGUUUUGGUUUGUUGGAUGCAUCAGCGCAGAACCUGCAGAUGGCGAGGAGGUCGUCGAUUGGGCGAAGAGGCGAUGUGAACACGGCGACAACGAGGACAGUUGAAGUGACCCUGGCGGCGUGUUUGUGGCUGCUGUUGGCGGCCCUCUGUGUCGUGCCAACGAGCCGGGCGGCGGCAGUUCCGGUAACACCCGCCCCCGGCAACCGUCCCCGAAUGGGCAACAUCUCCAUCGAGAGCAACUCGAUCCAGCGGCUGGUGGGCAGUGAAAGUGAGCCGUUGGCUGCGACGGCGUUGCCAGCGGCGCCAGCAGGCGCCAACAAUGGAAACAAUCAGCAACCUCCGGUGGUGACGGCGUCGGCCGGUUCCGUGCAGAAGGAGUUGAAGCGGGUAUUUCUGUCCAACCGGACAGUGACCUGUAAUGACGGGUCCCAGGCUGGGUUCUAUCUGAGGAAGUCACCGGGCUCGAGACGGUGGGUGGUGUUCUUCGAAGGAGGAUGGCACUGCUACGAUCACAAGUCGUGCCGGGCCAGGUGGCUCAAGCUGCGACAUCUGAUGACGUCGGCGCAGUGGCCGGAAACUAGAGAUGUUGGUGGUCUGCUGUCCCCGUUGCCUCAGGAGAAUCCCUACUGGUACAACGCCAACCACGUGUUCGUCCCGUACUGCAGCAGUGACUCGUGGAGCGGAACCAAAAUCAAGCCGGACACCCGCGACGGGCUGCGCUUCAUGGGAUCGCUGAUCGUGCGCCAAGUGGUGGCCGAUCUGAUCCCACUCGGCCUGGGACACUCGCAGGGCGCUGACCUGCUCAUGGCCGGAUCAUCUGCCGGUGGACUGGGCGUGAUGCUGAACUUGGACAAGGUGCGCAGCUUUCUGCAGUACGAAAAGGGACUGAAAGUGAGCGUCCGUGGCGUUAGCGACUCCGGCUGGUUCCUCGAUCGGGAACCGUACACGCCAGGAGCGGUUGCCGCGUCGGAGGCAGUUCGCCAGGGCUGGAAGUUGUGGGACGGCGCCCUUCCCGAGGCGUGCGUUGCCGAACAUGUGAAGGAGCCGUGGCGGUGCUACUUCGGGCAUCGACUGUACAAUACACUGAAAUCUCCCCUGUUCGUGUUCCAGUGGCUCUUUGACGAGGCUCAGAUGCGUGCGGAUCACGUUGGCGCUCCGGUGACGCCCCAGCAGUGGGACUACAUUCACGACAUGGGCGGAGCACUGCGAGAAUCACUUAACAACGUCACAGCGGUGUUCGCUCCGUCCUGCAUCGGCCACUCGGUUCUGACGAAGCGCGACUGGCUGAGCAUCAAAAUCGACGACAUCAGCCUGGCGGAUGCGCUGCGGUGCUGGGAACAGUCGGACGUACGGGAACGGCAGGUUCAGCGGAGACAGUCGAACCGGAAUGCGAAUCCGCAAAAGUUGAGGAGAAAACACAACGGAGGUCGGAGGAAGCAAAAUCCCGGUGCUGGAGCAGAUGGCCAGGGUGAACAGGUGGCGAAACCAAAGCUGACCAAAGAGGAGCGAGAACGACGUCGGGAGGAACGUCGCCAGCGGCAGAACCAGCGACGGCUGAAUCGGCUAAACAAAAACAACGGCGGUGCCCGCAAUCACACCCGGCAUCAGCAAAAACACGAAGAAUCUUCUUUAUCAACGAAAGUUCCUAGACUUGAGCGUUCGCCAAAUAGCACCGGAAACAGCAGCAGCAGCAGCAGUACAAACCCAAACAAGCCGCUGGUCAACCAAAACGGUGGCCACCAUCGGCUGCGGAAUCAGAACAAGAAACGCCUCAACCACAAAAAUCGCAACCGCAAGAACAUGAACAAUCGGAAGAACCAACAGAGGCAGCAGCAGCAGCAGCAGGGAGGAGGCUCGUUCGCCGCUGCCUGGGAAAUCCAGGAACCAAAGAAAUGCUCGCUGAGGCUGCUGGAGCGGUGCAGCUGGCCCCAGUGCAACCACUCGUGUCCGACGCUGACGAACCCGCUGACCGGCGAGGAGAUGAAGUUCCUCGAGCUGUUGGCCUCCUUCGGGCUGGACAUGGACGCGGUCGCGACGGCGCUCGGCGUCGACAUGCAAACGCUCAACAACAUGGACCACGCGGAGCUGGUCAAUCUGCUGACGCAGCAGGUCACGUAGCUGGAGUAGGCAGCCCGUGUGGGUGUGGGUGAAUAUGCGAGCAAGUUUUGUAAAUACUUGAACAAACUAUAGUUAGGAGAUAUAAUUUAUUUUUUUAACGCUAGCCUAAUAUUUGAACAAGUUCAAAUGAGUAACGGUAAUUGAGCAAGAUGUAUUUCUAAAUGUUUCUAAAUUAGGGGCGCUCUGCCCCCAUCCUUUAUUCGAUUCGGUCCAGUUUUGUUUAGAAAUGCAGCUCACCUUUCUUUGAGAUUAACUUUCUAUAGAGCGCGCGCGUGUUUGUUAGGAGUGUGAAGCAGUGCGAGAGGGGCUACGAUACAAACCACACCAGACUGAAUCAAAUGUUUAAUUUAUUUAUUUUCUGAUAUUAUUAGUGACGUGUAAAUUAUGGAAAAGUUAUUUUUAAACUACAUGAAUAGCGACAUUGUCCCAGUACUUAGCGUAGCGAAAGUUGGCUCUAUUUAAGAGACAUGUUUGUAAGAUACUAGCGGUUGAUUUAGGCAGUAGUCGUAUUUAUUUGCUUGCGAACAAAUUAGCCCUGUAAAUAGCUAGCCGUUAAGGAACCAUCAAAUGACUACCUCACCGAUAACUAGCAUUACAACAACAAAAAUCAGCCUGUUUUGGAGCGUUCGAAUAGCAAUUGGUUAAUUGGAAGCAACAAACAACUGCAACGAAUCAUAUUUUGUACCUGCAAUUAGUCAUAGAUGUAGAGCCUAAAGUGUAGCAAAAACUAUAUUUUUUCACUCCAAACUAUCACCAAUAAA